AUGGCCGAGGUGGAGGCCGCCAUCAAUCUCUUCGAGGGCCCGACCGAGCUCAUCUUUAAGGCGCUGGAGUUCCUGCACUCCCUCUGCGGCCAGCAGGAAGCUGAUGACAGGUUGGACCCCGCUAACCCGCUGGCCGCGUCCGGGCCGCUGGUGGCAAGCCUGAGGAUCCUGCACUUCACAGAGCUGCGCGGCGUCCAGACGUCCAAGUCGUGGUGCUCAGUCACGAACCCGAGCAAGCCGCAGGGCGGCAACCAG